AUGUUCAGGUCGCUCUCGCAUCCUCAACGCAACCACUCCAUCUCACGGACAACUCCUGUCUUGGAUCUUGCUAUUCUGUCCGCUCUGCCGUCUGAGAUUUUGCGCUAUCCGGCCUCUGCUAUUGUUUUGCUGAAGUUGUGGUUUGCCUGGGUUAUUAUCCGCCACUGUAUUGUUGUAUUGUACUCCUCCCACCCAUCGUACAGAUCGGCUGGUCUGUCCACCUGGGAGGCGAAUAUCUCAUCCAGCUUCCCUGAACCUUGCCUCCUCCAGGCUUCAACUCCAGUACCUCCAGAUGAUCCGCUGAACACUUCGGGUCCUGGAGAUAAGUCACCAUUGAAGCCUUUUUCAUCCCCCGCCUUUCCUCCCUACGAAAUCGUGGAUCAUCAACCGGGCAUCGACAUUUCCACUACAGCGACGCGAGUGGCGUUGACAAGACCCUUUGUGGAGAGUAGUUUCCUGUUCUUCCUCUCCACUCUUUUCCGGCCGCCGUAA